GAAUAAGUACAUUAGAGAAACCUGGACCAGUGCUAGUAGAAAAAAUAAUUGACUAUAAGUAUGAAAUGGAUCAAGAUUACUAUAAGCUAAAAUUCAAAGACAGAAACAAGACUCCACAAUGGCAACGGUAUCGAAACUUAUUCGGGGUCGAUGAAAUGAUCAAAAGCUAUUGGAAACGCGAAAAGCUGGCUAAGGAUUCUACUGCGGGGCCAUUUGGCAAUUCCGGAAGAUUGUUAGAAAAUACCGAAGUAAAUAAUAUCAGAGUUGCGGAAAGGAAUGACGCGACCGAAGCUAAUAAUUUCCUAUUUGAAAAAGAAAAGUCUCCUAUAAUACCAAUUUCCGGAAAAAUUAAAACGCCAUUGAAUGCCCAGGUGAAACAAAAGAAAUUUAUAAGUUCAUUACCUAGCGAAAGCGUUGAUUUGUGGAUAGAAAAUUUUUUGCCACGGCCUUAUGCCGAGGAAAUAAUUAGUUUACAGAAUUCAAUUUUCGUUAUAGAGCCGAGUACCGAAAAUUCCCAGGCCUUGGUGUCUUACAAAAAUCUCAUGGAGUGGAACGACGCGGUAGGAGUCAUAAAAAUGGAUGAAGAGAAUACUUAUUGGUUAAUCUUUCCGAAUGCGACAAAGUUUGGACUUUCUAUGCAGACGCAACAUCUCUCAAAUCAAUCAUUGGUCGCAGUACACAAAGUAAUAUUGGCUUCCAAACCCGAUAUCCCUGAUCCCACUAAAUUACAACCUACAGCAAUAAUCGAAUCGGACCAAAAACUAUCUAGCUCUCAUGUUUUUUUAAAAUCCAUGGGAUAUAAUAAACUUUUAGAGCUGUGCGUUAAUAAACCGCCAAAAUUUAUUGAUUUUUCUCCCGAUGACAAUUUUGAAAGAAAGGAAAUCUUAAAGUUCCUGGAAUGCAUAGGUGCACAACAAUCAGAUUAUGGCGAAGAUGUAGAAAUGGUCUUGGUCCAUAUUCUUUAUGAAAAUCAAAUUAAUUACAUGCCAAAUCUGUCGAGACUUAAAGAUCUACCGAGUUGCAAGUUUAUCCUCUAUGGUGUCGACUUUCGGCUAAAAGAAUCCAGUGACAUCGAGGAGCAAACCCAACAAUUUCAUAAUUCUAAGUGGGAAAUCGUUCUAAAUCAAUACGUCAAAGAAUAUUUGACACAAAUUUCAAAUACUCAGAAUGUUUAUAGCCUAAAGUACGUUACACUCUUUACA